UCAAUCAUCCCUCAUAUCAAAACAAAAUGGCGUCGAUCUCGCCCUGUUUGACAUCAAGAAUUCUGCUGAGGAAAUCUCAGUUCAGAAUUAAGCAUUUGACUCCAUGUUUGCAAUAUGUCAAACAUCCACAAUCAGAUUCAGGGAAUCAUUGUGAACUUAGCACAGCUCCCACAAAUGUUCCUCCAAUCAAAGUUGAGGACAAGCCUACUUCUAAGGCAAUUACUAUCAGUCGUGCGAUGAAAGCUUACAUGGAACAAACAAAGGCACAUGAUCAAAUGAUGAAAGCUCAAGUUUCUGAUUAUGAACUGGGCAAGCGACACCUUGCAAAUAUAAUGGGUAAAGAUCCUGACAAUUUUACACAAACAGAUGUUGAAAGGGCCAUAGAGUAUCUUCUUCCUUCAGGAAUUUUUGAUAAGAAAGCAAGGCCUUUAUUAAAGGAUCCAUAUGAAAUUUUCCCAAAAAAGAAAGUUGCACAGUUUAGUUUGGAUGGCAGACCAUACCACUGGUUGUAUUUCACAACAUUACCCAACUAUUACAACAUUUUAUAUGAUAUUGCAUGGAAAAUAGAAAAUCUGAAACUUGAGGAGGAUGAACUUUAUAGAAAGAAGGAAACAAUAUCUAACACAUUGAAUUUAGCAGGAAGUGACUGGAUAACUUUCCAACAGCUCAAAGACAAACUUGUAGAAAAUAUACGAGAAACAGAUUAUCAGCACUUCAUCAAAGUGAUGGAAAGGCUCAUCUCUCAUCCUUUAUCUUACAAAGAAGAAGCAUAUAUUAUGCAAUACAGAGUAAUGCACAAGUCAGAGUCAUCUGUCAUUCAGAAACCUCAGAUUGAGCAAGAUGAAGAUGGAAGAUAUUUUGCUUGUGCUGAAGGUACAAGAAAAGAUGCUUGGGCUCACGUGAAGCUUUAUAAACCUGGAACUGGGAAAGUAAUCAUAAACGACAAAGAUUUGGCAUACUUUGAAAAUUUCUUAUACAGAGAAAGCAUACUUAACCCAUUAACUGCACUCGACCUGAUUGGCCAAGUAGACAUUGUAGCAGAGACAAAGUAUGGUGGUCCGGCAGGCCAAGCUGGGGCUAUCAGAUAUGGUAUUGCAAAAGCUUUAUGUGCGUUUAUUAAUGCAGAGGAGAUUGAGAAGUUACGGCUUUCUGGUAUGUUGACCAGAGAUCCUAGAGAGAAAGAGAGAAAGAAGCCAGGUCAAGAGAAAGCAAGGAAGAAGUUUACAUGGAAAAAAAGAUAAAGUUUAAGCUGACUUUUUCAUUUUUAUGGUUGAAUCACAUACUUGUAACAAUAACUUAAUAAAUUUAUCAGAAU